AUGAAUUAGAUCUAAAGUAUCCAAGAUCUUAAACUCAAAUAAGAGGAAUUCUUCAUCCUAUCUAACAAAAACUACAGAAGCUGCCCUAGACACCCUGAUAACUGGAUUGUUUCGUUAAGCACUAAUCCUAAUUCUAGCCAAUUCAUUCAAUGCGCUGAGUGUUUUUCUGAGAAUCCCAAUUAAUAUUCUUUGAAUUUAGUUGGACUUAUUAAGGAAAAUGAUAAAACUGUUUUUAAGAACUACCCAGUUUAUGGCGAUAAUGAGCUUUACGAGAAACUUAAGCAAAUCUUUGAGGCUGAUUGCUCUGUUGAUGGAUUGUUAUCUAAAAUUUCAUCUUUUUUCUUAAACUUAAGAAAAUAAAUCGACCAAAAAAUAAUACUUAAAGAAGAACAGAUGAUGAGCUAAGCAAAGUCAUUAUGGAGCUUUAAUGAACAGGUAAUUAUUUAAUAUAACAAAUUAGCCGAAAAGGAAUAGCUUAAGAAUAUCAUCACCAAUUUCAAAGAUGACCUUGACAAAUGUAAAGUCAACAAGAAUUUAAAUUGUAAUAAUUUAUAAUUUGGAAUAAUGAAUACAUAACAAAUACAUAAUUCAUAUUUAUUUUCAGAAAAUUGUUGCUUUCACACGAGUAACAAUGGAUUAGGUUUAGAUAAAAUAUUAAAAGGAAAAAACUUAUAUGAUGUGCGAUAAGAAAUAAAUGAAUUAGAAAUUAGAGUUAAUAUUUCUAAGAGAGUUGUAUUAUUUAUGGACUAUCCAAAAUAUUAAAAUAUAAACAAAGUUGAUGAGUCUAAAAUAAUAUAAGACAAAAAUUAUAGCUUUGGAAUACUUUUUUGGAAUCCAGGUAAUGAUUAUAAUAUUGAAAUAGAAACAUUUUUAAUUGACGAUAAAUAUUUAGAAAACUUUGAUUAAAAAUGA